UUAGGCGUGGAGUCGGCCGCGAACGCCUUCAAAAGCGGCCCUCCCGCCGGCCGCGGCGCUCUUGGUACCUGGCUGGCGGCGCCGAGCGGGAUGCCGCAGUGAGCUGCCGGCCAUGGGGGGCGCGAGCGCCUGCAUCCCACUCUGCCUGCUGCUGGCUGCCGCGCAGCUGGCCCGGCCACAGACCCCAGAGAGACCUGUUUUCACAUGUGGCGGCAUUCUCACCGGAGAGUCUGGAUUUAUUGGCAGUGAAGGUUUUCCUGGAAUGUACCCUCCAAAUAGCAAAUGUACUUGGAAAAUCACAGUCCCCGAGGGCAAAGUGGUCGUUCUGAAUUUCCGAUUCAUAGACCUGGAGAGCGACAACCUGUGCCGUUAUGACUUCGUGGAUGUGUACAACGGCCACGCCAAUGGCCAGCGCAUCGGGCGCUUCUGUGGCACAUUCCGACCAGGAUCCCUCGUAGCCAGUGGCAACAAGAUGAUGGUGCAAAUGAUUUCUGACGCCAACACUGCCGGGAGUGGCUUCAUGGCCACCUUCUCUGCUGCUGCCCCAGAUGGAAAAGGAGACAGGUACUGUGGAGGACGCCUUGAGAAACCUUCCGGCUCUUUUAAAACCCCCAACUGGCCAGACCGAGACUACCCCAUAGGAGUUACUUGUGUGUGGCACAUCGUUGCCCCGAAGAACCAGCUUAUAGAGCUAAAGUUUGAGAAGUUCGAUGUCGAGCGAGACAACUACUGCCGGUACGACUAUGUGGCUGUGUUUAACGGUGGGGAAGUCAACGACGCUAGAAGAAUUGGAAAGUUCUGUGGUGACAGCCCACCUGUGCCGAUCGUGUCUGAGAGAAAUGAACUUCUCAUUCAGUUUUUAUCAGACUUAAGUUUAACAGCAGAUGGAUUUAUUGGUCACUACAAAUUCAGGCCCAAGAAAAUUCCCACAACUACAGCCAUGCCUGUCACCACCACGAUCCCCGUGACCCCAGGUUUAAAACCCACUGUGGCCCUGUGUCAGCAAAAGUGUAGACGGAUGGGGACUCUGGAGAGCAAUUAUUGUUCAAGCAACUUUGUGUUAGCGGGCACCGUCAUCACAACCGUCACCCGCGGUGGGAGUUUGCACGUCACAGUCUCGAUCAUCAGCAUCUACAGGGAGGGCAGCCUGGCCAUUCAGCAGGCUGGCAAGAACAUGAGCGUCAAGCUCACUGUGGUCUGCAGGCAGUGCCCGCUGCUCAGAAGAGGUUUAAAUUACAUUAUCAUGGGACAAGUGGGUGAAGAUGGGCAUGGCAAAAUCAUGCCAAACAGCUUUGUCAAGAUGUUUAAGAAUAAGAACCAGAAACCCAUGAACGCCCUGAAGAACAAGCAGUGUUAGCCUGAGCUCAGCCACUUCAGCUGGACUUGUUCGUCGCCUCUGAAAGAUCUCUUCUCCCCACAUAGAAAAGGCCCAUAUGGUUUAACACUGAGCAUUCUGAGAGAUGGGGCUGUUACUCCUCACGUGGUGGGGGUGUGCCCCACUCCAGUGUGGCUGGUGGAAAUUCCAAGCCUCGCUCUCUGAGACCCCUCCCACCCGCUGCCUGAUGGGGACAGCAGCAAGCACAGGCAGCUUGUAAUAUACGUCUCUGUAGAAAGAUAUUCUAGAAUUGAAUUGUAUGAAGA